AUGACGGAUGAGUUCAAAGACUUUAACUCAAGAACAGGGCCUAGAUAUUCGGAAGAUACUAUGCUCUCCUCCAUUGUUGGCAAAUUUAACCGAUUUGUCUGCUGCAAUGCAUGUUACGAUCUUACCCCAGAGAUGCUUCGUUCACAGGUUUCCCAUGAGUUCCUCAAGAUUCAUGUUGAACGCGCGGGAGCAGAUCUCGGAUACUCUCCCUAA